UUAAAGGCACUUGUGUCCUCUCAUCGAAUUAAUUUCUUUAUCCCAUUUAUUUCGCUGACAUUUCUACGGCCAUCUCUUCAUUUACAAGCAUAAAAAUCCUUCUUUCUCUCUUUCUCUCUCCCGCUCUUUCUCUUUCUCUUUCCCUUUCUUUCUGUCUCUCUCUCUCUUUAAGUUUUUCCUUUUCCUGUGUUAUAUAAAGAGUGAAAUACUUACUAUCUUUCUUGCUGGCUUCACUAGCAAAAUGGGUCGGUCGCCAUGCUGUGAAAAGGUGGGCUUGAAGAAAGGACCAUGGACACCUGAGGAAGAUCAAAAACUCUUGGCUUAUAUUGAAGAACAUGGUCAUGGAAGCUGGCGUGCCUUGCCAGCAAAAGCAGGUCUUCAAAGAUGUGGAAAGAGCUGCAGGCUUAGAUGGUCUAAUUAUCUGAGACCUGACAUUAAGAGAGGAAAGUUCAGUUUGCAAGAAGAGCAAACCAUUAUUCAACUCCACGCCCUCUUAGGCAACAGGUGGUCGGCUAUAGCUACUCACUUGCCAAAAAGAACAGAUAAUGAGAUCAAGAACUACUGGAAUACGCAUCUUAAGAAAAGGUUAGCCAAAAUGGGGAUUGAUCCAGUGACCCACAAGCCAAAAAAUGAUGCCUUGCUUUCCAGUGACGGUCAAUCCAAGAAUACCGCAAAUCUUAGCCACAUGGCUCAGUGGGAAAGUGCCAGGCUUGAAGCUGAGGCUAGGUUGGUUAGAGAAUCCAAACUACGUUCACAUUCAUUUCAGCACCAGCUCAGCCCUACAGGGUAUGUUUCUCGUUCAGGUUCAGGUUCAGCUUCUGCUUCUACUUCAGCACAGCCACAGCGGUCUCUUGAUGCACCAAAAGCUUGGAAUGAUGGGUGGUCUAAAUUGUGUACUGAAGGUAAUAUCAUUGGUCUUAACACUGCUGGACUUGGAGCUGACCUUGAGUCUCCAACAUCUACUGUUACUGUUUCAGAAAAUGCACCGCCACAGAUCAUGAAUUCAUCAGGAACUGGAGGACAGAAUUCUAUUCCGAUGAUUGAGUUGGUUGGCACUUCAGGUUCAUCAGAGACAGGAAUUAUCAAAGAAGAAGGUGAACAUAAUUGGAAAACCCUUGGAAAUUCAAAUCAUCAUCUAUCUGAGAAUUCGGUUUCUUUUACAUCUGGCCUUCACCAUUCUGACAUGACAAUUUCCAUGGAAGGGCCGUGGACUCCAGAGUCUCUGAGGUUAAAUAGCGGUCAUCUUCAAAUAGGAAAUGUCAUGGAAGAAGGUUUCACUACUCUCCUUCUUAGUGAUUCCGGUGACCGGAAUUUGACGGAUAGUGGAAAGGACUCAGAUCAUAAUAGUGGUGGCAGUGGCGGCGAUUAUUAUGAAGAUAACAAGAAUUACUGGAACAGCAUUCUUAAUUUGGUGAAUUCUUCUCCCACAGAUUCGCCCAUGUUCUAAGAAUAAUAUUGAUGUUCUUGCUGAGAAGUAUCACUUGAAUUUCUCAACCCAAGUGUAGUGAAAUUGAUUUUUUUUUUUUUGUUACUUCCCAUUAUUUUUUUCCAUUGUCAUUCAAAAGUGAUAUUUAUACAAUAGGAAAAUGUUUUUACCAAAAGGGUAUGGGUUGCUUCCACUGUUUCUGACUUCAGAUUCAAGUGUGAAUUCACAAGAUGUACGGAAGCAACAAAUGCCAUUUUUGGCUCUCCCCCUAUGUCGUCUAUAUAUUCUUCUCUAUUUGAUGUGAAUUGUUAAUAGCUAGCUAGGCUAGGCUGCUGCUUCCACUGGGUUGCGUUCAAGUUGAAUAGUAUUCAACUUGUUUGUCAAACUUAUGACAAUUGACAUGUUUCCCAUGUCCUGUUGUUCUCAUCAAUUGCUUCUGCUCAUAAAUUAUUACAUAUAAGAUAUUUUAAUUUUAAUUGUAA